AUGAAGUUUCUCGCGACGACGUUGGACGGAUGCGACGUGCUCCUGGGACGCGAUUGGCUGCGACGGCACAACCCGAUAAUCGAUUGGACGAAGGGAUCAUGCAGCAUCAGCAAAAACGGGGGGCUGAUUACUCUGCCCGCGUGGACUCCGGACUGCAUCGAGUCUACAUGCGUCAAAGCCAUCACUAUUACACGCCACGUCAACAGGGGUGCGCAACUGUUCGCCGUAUGCUUGCGCGAGUUGGCAGCCGACACCGACGGAAACGACAUCGAGAAGCUGUGCGCAGCUGUACCACCUGAUUUAGCGGAGCUGAUUCGACAAUACCCCGACAUCUUCCCCGACGACCUGCCACCUGGACUACCACCCGAACGCCCCGAGGACCACAAAAUCCAGCUGGAGCCCGGCGCGCAACCGACUGUUCGUACACAGUGGCGGUUGACUCAGCCCGAACUUGCGGAGCUUCGAAGUCAACUUGAGUCACUGUUGGAGAAGGGCUUCAUCCGACCCAGUACUUCGCCCUUCGCCGCACCGAUCCUGUUCACACCGAAGAAGGACGGCGGCAUUCGCAUGUGCAUCGACUAUCGCGCGCUUAACCGGGUUACCAUCAAAUCUCGCUAUCCCAUCCCACGCACCGACGACCUUCUCGACCAACUUCGCGGCGCUCGCUACUUCUCGAAGAUCGACCUACGCUUCGGUUACCACCAGAUCAGGGUCUUCGCUGACGACUGUCACAAGACCGCCUUCCGAACCCGCUACGGCAGUUACGAGUUCACCGUGAUGCCUUUCGGCCUCACGAACGCGCCAUCAACAUUUCAACGCACCAUGAACAGGGUAUUUCGCGACCUGCUGGACAAGUGUGUUAUCGUCUACUUGGACGAUAUUCUGAUUUUUAGCAGGACACGCGAGCAACACCUCCGCGACCUCGACGCAGUGUUUAAGCGGCUACAAGACAACCGGCUCAUCACCAAGGGUUCUAAGUGCGAGUUCUUUAAGCAAGAGUUGGAGUUUUUGGGGCACGUCAUCUCACGCGACGGCAUCAAAAUCGACCCGAAGAAAAUCAAGACCAUCCAGGAGUGGAAGGCCCCGACUAAUGUCACGGAACUUCAGAGUUUUCUGGGGUUUGUGAAUUAUGUCCGGCGGUUUAUCCCGAAUAUGGCGGGGAUAACCGGCCCGCUGACCGACUUGCUGCACAAGGACAAGAACUUCGUUUGGGGGGAGGAAGCUGAGGCGGCUUUUCAGGAGUUGAAGCAGUCGCUGGUGUCCCCUCCGGUUCUUCGCAUCGCCGACCCAUCCAAGCCGUUCGAAGUUGUCACCGACGCCUCAGAUUUUGCCAUCGGCGCAGUGCUGCUCCAGGAUUUUGGCAACGGCUUACAACCGAUCGCCUACGAGUCACGCAAGUUGCAGGCAGCCUUUGACUAG